AUAUGUAUAAAUAUAAAUACAUAUACAAAUAUGUAUUGGGUUACAUGACAUAUGUUACUAAUAACAUGUGUAUAUAUAAUUUGGUUUUAGCCGUAAUAAAGCUUCCUCAAUCACUUGCAAACCCAUGGUCUCGUCUUCAAUCCCAAAAUAACUAACCAUGUUUCCGUUUUUCAGUUAUAAGACCUUCUUCUUUCUCCUUCUGUCCUUCCCUGUCUUUCCCGCAAGAACCUUCCCUGACCCUUUAACUGAAUUAACCGUCGAUGUCCGAAACAGCACGUGGCAUGAUUUCGGAAAGUUCCUCGAUGCCGGAAAAGGCAGCGAAGUCACCGGCAUGUCUGAGCUCAAAAAAUACUUCCAGCGAUUUGGGUACCUCCGGCCAACGCCGGAGAUGAAUUUCACCGAUUUUUUUGAUGAAAACUUCGAAUCCGCGGUGACUAUUUACCAGAAAAACCUCGGAUUACCGGUCACCGGAAAACUUGACUCCGAUACCAUGACGCAGAUUGUGUCUCCGAGGUGUGGCGUAAGUGACACGACCCACUCGUUGCAUGUAACAAGGCACUAUGCCUAUUUCUACGGUGAGCCGAGGUGGGUUGGAUCGUCUCCGAUGACGCUAACUUACGCUUUUUCGCCGGAGGACAUGAUCAACUACGUAGCUUUACCGGAGCUAAAAACAGUUUUCCAACGCUCUUUUUCACGGUGGUCAUCGGUUAUUCCGGUGAAUUUCACGGAGGCCAAGAACUACUCAUCAGCGGACAUAAAAAUUGGGUUUUACAGAGGCGAUCACGGCGAUGGAGAGCCGUUCGAUGGGGUUCUGGGAGUGUUAGCACACGCUUUCUCGCCGGAGAACGGGAGGUUCCACUUCGAUGCGGCGGAGACAUGGGCGGUGGAUUUCAAGACACAGAGGUCAAAAGUGGCCGUUGAUUUGGAAUCAGUGGCGACCCAUGAGAUUGGGCAUGUACUUGGGCUGGCUCACUCUUCGGUUAAAGAAGCGGUCAUGUACCCAAGUCUUAGUCCUAGGACAAAGAAAGUGGACCUCAAAAUUGAUGACGUGCAAGGGGUCCAGGCUUUAUAUGGGUCAAACCCGAAUUUCAAGUAUAGUUCUUUGUUGGAGUCUGAUAUUUCUUCAAGUUGGGGGCUUCCAUUGGAGAGAAGAUCAUCAAAGUGGGGCACUUCCUUAGUGAUUGGAGUCUUGAUCUUGUCUUUGUGUUUGUGAUUUGCAUACCUGAUUUUUUUUUC